CCACUUAUUCUCUUGGACAAUUUCUUCAUUAAAAAGUUUAUCUUAAAUUGUUUUCGUUUAAUAUCGUUUUGAAUUUACAUAAUUUGCAUAAUAAUCAAUCAAAAUUAUAAACGACCACCACUUGACCUUUACUCUAGUCCAUGUGGCACAGGCAAACUGUCCAAGAGUAAGAACUGAAGAGGCGGUAACUGAGUGCGAAGUGAAAGCAAAAGCAACAUCAUCAUCAAAGAAGCAGGCCAGCAGCACUGGAGCAGGCGGAAAAGGGGGAGGGCUGAACUAAAUAGUAGGAGUUAUCCGACUAUUUUUAAAGACAAUGGGCAGUUACUAAGCCGGCCUCGGGCUGGGAUCAGACGGAUCAAACCCUCAAAUUGACAGGAUCCAAAUUCCCUUCAGUGUAUCAAUUCCAAUAGCAAAGUAAAUGCGUUCUGCAGUUGGUCUUAUGCUGUCUCAUGGUAGCAACGUGGAGUCAGUUAUGUCACGACCCGACUAUGAACAGAAUGCCUUGCAUCAUAGUUGCCUAUUGGUACUCCUCCGAGGUGUAGGGCCAUCCCGGGCCCGAGUCCUGCAAAGGGCAUUUGAGAAAGUGCGUCGUGUCAAUCAAAUCAAAGUGACUGAUUCAAGUGGUCAUCAACGUACAAUCUGGGUACGCUUUAUCCAUGAUCAUCCAGUCGAGCAUAACGAUUGGGGUGACUUUCAAACCCAUCGCCGUUUACUGGGACUCAUCACAAUUGGCAAAUUUGAGACACAGACCGAACUGAAUGAGCUCUGUCGUCAGCAUGAAUCUUUAAAGGUGCGCUAUGGUAGCACCCUAUACGAAUUUCGUGCCAUAUUCUUUGGUCCCGAAGAGAAAGAAGGCGAGGAGGAGGGUCAUCGCUUACAGGAUGACUACACGACGCCAUCGAAUUUCAAAUCGCAAGCAUUCUUCUAUCGCGAACAUGAUCCUUGCUCCGAUUUGGAUGGCCGCAUCUCAGACUUUGUUCAGGCAUUGUUUUGGGUGCUUGAAUCGCGUCGCCUGGAAAGGUCACGUGAAAAGGCAGAUAAGGUUCAACUGUUGCUGGCUCCAUUCGAGAAGCGGGACUUUGUUGGUUUGGAUAUGGAAUCAAGGAACAAUCGCAAACGUUGCGUGGGCAGAGUUAUGAAGAAUUUGGCUGAUUUGUCCCUGCAAGCGGGCUUAGUCGAGGAUGCCUUAACUUUGUAUCACAAUGCCAAUGAAACACUGCGUUCUGUCGGCGAUUCCCUAUGGGUCGGUGGCACUGAGGAGGGGCUAUGUGCAGCAUCGUCGGUUUUACUGUAUCCUCAAAUGCGGGAGAUUGAAACGCUUCAUAGAAAUGCCUCACUCCAGGAAGCGGGCACCUCAUCUCCGUUAAGGAAUACGCCAGAGAAAUGGCGUGCAAGUGAUGCAACAAAGAAAAUCAAUCCUCCCGAUAUGAACGAUGUACGGCUGACUUCGACUUCCUCUUCCUGCUCAUCGGUAUCUUCCCUGGUGACAAACACAACAAAUUCCUCCAAUUCUGGGACACCCACUACAAAUUCAUCAUCCUCUUCCACAUCCACAAUAUCUGCCCCGGCCGCUCUGCAUGCCACCCGGAAUGGUGAACUGCCUUUGAAUAUACUCAAGCCGGAGGAGAUAACCAAUUUCUAUCGCAAGGCAAUCAUUAACUAUAGUAAAUAUCGACAUGCGGCCACCAUUGAGACGGAGGCUGCUUUGAAAGCCUCAAGGAUUUGCAUUGAACAAAAUCGGCCCUUGGAUGUGGCCGUGUUCUUGCAGAACAUACUCUACAUAAAUCUGAGCAUGAGUGAACCGGAACGGGUCAAGCGUUUUGAGGUCAUUACGGAUCUUUAUCAGCAAAUUGGCUAUCAACGUAAAGCAGCAUUCUUUCAACGUUUGGCCGCCCUCAAACAUGUCCAGCAGGGUAGUCAGGCUCCUGAUUGGAAUCAAAGUUAUCGCCUAAUGUUGGGCAGCUUUUCCGGUUAUUUACUUUCAUUGGAUCCUCUCGAGGUAUUGGAAAAUUCAUCUGGUUGGCCAGCACUGCAAAUUGAUUUGGUGCAAAGUUUAAUAUCAGCUGCCAGAAGAUUAGGACAUUCGGCUCUAGCCACAAGGCAUAUGACAUUUUUAUUACAAACGCAAUGGAAUAAUAUGUCCACGACGGAGCAAAGUGAAAUGGCUGUCCAAUUGCAGAAUUUAAGUGCCCAAUGCGAGGGAUCACCCGUACCUCUGGUGCUUGAGAAUGGCACUGUGAUACCUCCCGCCAAUCUCACCGAUCUUCCCUAUUGUAUGGAUCUAAAUGUUAAGGACUUGGCAGCUCAUCUAAGGCCACAAAGGAUCAAAGUAGCCAAAGCGGACAGUGGUCCAUUUCUGUUUACACCAAUUCAUUUCAAUUCCAUGGAUCGAAGGGAUAAAAAGAAGGAUAAAAAUAAAAUCGCUUUUCUUUGGGUUCAAAACGAUCUGAGCGAGGUGUGCGUUCGUUUGCGUAAUCCUCUGCCCUUUGAACUGACCAUUACGGAUAUGCGUCUAUUGACCAAUGGCGUGGUCUUUGAAUCGAUACCCCAAACCAUUGUAUUGCAACCGCAUGUGCCCACCUAUGUGUCGCUGCAUGGCACGCCCAUUGAGACGGGGCAAUUGGAUUUACAGGGUUUUAGCACGCACACCCUGGGCGUUAAAUCCAAUUGCCGACUGAAACAUAUGCGUGGACGCAAUUUUCCGCCAAAUUAUUUAAUUGAAGUGAUUCCCGCCCUGCCACGUAUUGGGGUAAAGACAUCUCUGCCCCAAACGGCGACAUUUAGCAAUCUAAAUAGCUCGGACAUUGUGGUCACAUCGGCCAGUCUUACGCUCUACAAUGGUGAAUCGUCUAGUUGUACCAUUACCAUAACAAACGAGAGCUCCACACUGCCUCUGGAGUAUUUGGAAAUCAACAUCAAUUCCAAUGUGGAGCAAGAUGUGCAAAAGAAAAUCUUUAGUUUUGAUAAUGAGGCAUUGCAAGCUAAAUUGCCGGUGCCACCGCAGGCUUCCAUUGAUUUUGUUUUGCACAUUUAUGCGGAGGCCGAUUUUGUUUGUCCUGUGACCGGACCGAGUGCCUCAUUACAUUCCAGCUGUCCGGCUGGAGAUUAUGGACCAGCAUCCUCCUCGUUAACGCAUUAUUCAACGAUGUCAGCUUCUGGUCAUGCAAGUCUACCCUCAAGGGUAGGUUCUCCGCAACAUCGGAGUCAUCGACAAGAUCCGCAAAAUUCGAGUUUUCGUUCUACCAUCUCGGGGGCGCAACAUUCGCUGGCCCAUCUCAGUCUGCAGCCGAGUGGUGGCGGUGCUGCAGGAGCAGGAGGACCAUCUAGCCUGGGGUCACAAUAUUCCCAACACAUAGAAGCUCAGGUACGAUUGAAAUAUUCAGGCGGUGAAGGUCUAACCGGCGGCUAUUGUCGCCAAUGUGCGGUUUCUGUCAAUCUGGAAUUGAUGCCAAGUGUUCAGGUCACUGGAUGGGAUGUUUUACCUGCUGAGGUAGCUUCCCAGUUCUAUCUAGUGUUGGAUAUAUCCAAUUUAACCGCUCAAGAGAUGUCGCUCAAUUAUACGGAUAACAAGAAUAUACUCAUCGAGGCCAAAGAAAGUUGCCGUGUGCCCAUACCAGUGGAUCGUUGUUCAUUGGAGCAAGUAUGCGCGGCACGAGCACAGGAAGCUGCGGAGAAUCUAGAAAGAGAACUUUGUUUUCGCACACAAUUGCUUUCGUUUAACGAUGCUCUAAGCAAACUUUGCUCAACCCAUAUUGCCGAGCGGGUAAAAAUUAGUUGGCUAUUGACGGGAACCGAUAUUGAAGGCAUUGCCUGCCUGCGUGGCAUUGUGCUGGCACAAUCCAUGGUAGAUCUGACCACAGUAUCUCCCUUGCAGUGGGACAUUACCUUCCGUGAGACUCCCGUGCAGCCGCACAGCGAAAUGAUGUGCACUGUGGGCCAAUGUGCAUUGCUUAGCAUUCAAUUGACAAAUAAAUCGUUGCAACCGCUUAAGAAUUUAGUGCUGAGCAUUAAAUUCUAUCAGGACUAUUUGAAUGGAAUGGAGAAUUAUAAUUUAGAGACACGCGUGGCCAUUUCUGGACCAAAUAGAAUUGUCAUUCCUAUUCUGGAGAGAGAAGAGCAUAUGCAGCACACUUGCUCUGUGAUAUUCUUUACACCUGGACGAUUUAAGGCCAGUAUUGAGUGCUCGACAAAACCGCAGACCCAGCUCGGAGCAACCACAAAUCAAAUAGGUCAAUUAGAAACAUUCUCCGCCAGCUAUGAUGAGCAACAGGCCCAUGUCUGGAAGUUUAUACCACCCAUUGAGGUAACCGUUGUUGAGCAGUGAACACAAAAAAACCAACAAAUAAUAAGAACUGUUAAAAUAACACACAAGAAAAUAAUGUAAUUUUUGUUAAUUGUAGUUUAAUUUUGUUAUAUUUAUAUAUAUAUGUGUACGCAUUGCGCCCUUUCCUACAUUCUUCUUUAUAUACAAUUUUAUUAGCCCCAUCAAAAAAAAAGAAAGAAA